AUGUCCCUUUCUGGGGCUACCAUCAAUACUGGCAACAGUGGAGCCGGCAGUGUUGGCGGUAGUUCUCCUUCGCCUGUUGCCAUGACUACUCUGACAAACCGCCGCAACAGGCUUAACUUGACUUUGCCUACAACCGCAUUGCCAGGUUCUUCAUCCCAUUCAAGCAUUAUCAGUGCCUGUAGUCUUUCUAGCCAGCCAAAAGACAGUGCUGUAGCGACUUCGAAAAGCUCGAACACCUCGAUGUCCGGGCCGGCAACUACGACAGCUGCUAUUCAUCCCGUUUGUGAAGCGACAGACACGCGCCUUAUUCCUGGACGCCGGUUGCAUCUUCAACAUCCACCAAUGAAGCUGGCACCAGCACACCACGGGCCAGUCAAUGAUGUCAGAGCGUCUGGAUUGCUGCUAACAGGCCAUGUGGACUCCCCCGAAGCACAUUGUAUGACAGGGUCCCAUACCUCUGCCUUUGAUACCGCUUUAUGCUCAGGAAAUUUACCUCCAUCGGCAUCGAUCCUUGCCGCAGCAAUGAGUUCUGAUAUAGCUGGGGCUGGAGACACUUUGUCAAAUUCAGACUUAAAUCAACUAUAUCUCUUCCUGCCGUUAAAUAGUUGUCCCCGGCCAAAGCGUCUUCUUUUAGCUCUUCUCUCUGAAUCUUCAAGUCUGCCCAUGAAGUACGCAAAAAUCUUUUCGAUUCUUCUCUUCCUUUCUCCUGUUGAUCGGAUUUCUUUGAAAGAGAGUGCUCAUGGCCUCCCUAUUCUUCCGGUUUCUGGUGUUUUCAAAUGA